AUGCCUAUAAACCUUAGAUAUGAUCACCGAAAGCACACGCUACCGAUCUCGACGAUAGAGUACGCCAGAGGCUUUCGACAGUAUCCCAUAAACUUUUGGCUCUGUACACUUCUUUUGUUUCUCGUGGAGCUCGGUUGUGCGAUCCUUGCAGCCCCUUCGCCAAUGCUUCUAGAGACAGCCGUCUGUCGGCACCAUUUUGAGAAGGACAAACAACUUCUUAAUGGAGAGCCAACAGAUGAGUUUUGCAGGAGCAACGAGGUACAAGUGCAUUUCGCAUUCGUGAUAACGGUGCUGUCAACACUGUCGACAUUGGCUGCGACGAUUAUGCAAGUCCCCAUGGGCCUCCUUGGGGACAAAGGCGGCCUUCGGCUUGCUUUUAUGCUGAACACCACCAGCACCAUCUUCUACUGGGGAUGCAUAGCAAUAGUAGGAUCGCAACAAAACCUCCCCCUCUGGGGCUUCUAUCUCUCACCAGUAUUCGUUCUCUUAGGAGGAGGACCAUGGGUGACCGGCACACUUGUUUUCGCUGCCGUUAGCGACAGUGUCAAGCCAGAACAAAGAACAGCGGCGUUCUCGAUCAUGGAGGCGAUAUCAGGGAUCGCGGACCUCCUCGGGCCAAUUAUUGGCACAAUGACGAUGAUCAUUCACCUAGAGAUUCCGUUUGCUCUCGCACUCGUGGUCUUCUCUUUGAUGUUCUUUCCAGCGAGCCAUCUUCGUGAGAACACGGCGAGCGAUAUGGAGGGUGUUGAGUCAUCACAAGAUGAGACCGAGUCACUGAUAGGUGUUGACGGCGCUUCGGACCGUGAAGAGACUGAUUUAGAGCACACUGCUAGAGACCUGCUCCCUCCACGAGCCGUCAUAUUCAGUAUAUGUUUUAUCUGCUUCUUUUUCUUCCAGGUAGCAAAGGACUCCACGAACUAUUUGAUCCCUUGGGUGUCUAUACGUUUUGGAGAGACCAUGGCCCGGGCCGGGCUUCUAUUCUCACUACGCGCAAUCAUGUCCUCUCUUCUAUACUUUGUUAUCUUGCCGCUCGCAACUUCUUGGAUAGACCAGACUUGGUCAAGUGCAAACAGAGAUCUUGUACUUUCUGCCUCUGGCGCUUUUUGUUGUACAUUGGGCACUCUCAUUGUCGCAGCCGCACCGAACCUUGCGACAGUUGCUUUUGGAUUUGCACUAUCGGUUCUGGGAUCAAGCAUGACCGUCACGUUGCGAUCUUUCCUUGCUUCUAAUGUGCAGAAUGCUUUUUCAGGGCGGUUAUUCGCGGGUAUCUCUAUGACAGGGACGAUUGGUAGCCUCGUUGGCAUGCCCAUCAUGGGAGCUGCCUAUUCUUUGGGCAUCAACUACAACAUUGGGCUUCCUUUCUUGGUUUCAGCGCUAUCAUACUCCCUCGUACUUGGACUCCUUGUAUGGCUUGCAUCGAGAAUCUGA